UGCACAGGUUUCCAAACGCUCGGCGGCGUCAUGGGCUUGAGAACUAAACGGAGAUGGAAUGUCCCAGUCUGAACCGGUUUCAGCCGGUUGCGAGUGUGUGGCCGCGCUAGAGCAGAAGAAGCGCCUGUCCCUCGCUCCGCCUCAGCCGCGUCCCCGGAUCACACAGGCCGCCUCGCCGCCCGUACAAUGCGCUAGGGGCUCCGGAGAGAUCAGCAGCCAUUCAUUCCCCAGCCGUGCGCGGGAGUUCCAGUGUGCGCUAGGCCUGGAGACUGCCCCCCUCUCUCUCCCCCAUUCAUUUCCCUGUUAUUCCCGCAUACUGUGUGCGCAUACCGCCGCUGCAGCACCGGGGGCUCCGCGGCCACGCUACACCGCUCCUCCGGCCGCCGGAUCAGGGGGCGCUGCUGCUAGCAGGGGGUCACCACACCGCCGCCGGCUGUCACCGGUUCCCGCACACUACUCUGGCGCUGAGGAAGAGGCAGCUCCCGCUCUCGUAAUCUAUGCCAGCAAUUAUGACCAUGUUAGCAGACCAUGCAGCGCGGCAGCUGCUGGAUUUCAGCCAGAAACUGGAUAUAAACCUUUUGGACAAUGUGGUGAAUUGUUUAUACCAUGGAGAAGGAGCGCAGCAGAGAAUGGCGCAGGAAGUAUUGACCCACUUAAAAGAACAUCCUGAUGCUUGGACAAGAGUUGAUACAAUUCUCGAGUUUUCGCAGAACAUGAACACCAAAUAUUAUGGACUGCAAAUAUUGGAAAAUGUGAUCAAAACGCGAUGGAAAAUUCUUCCCCGGAAUCAGUGUGAAGGCAUAAAGAAAUAUGUUGUUGGACUGAUAAUUAAGACCUCUUCAGAUGCGACAUGUGUUGAGAAAGAGAAUGUGUACAUUGGUAAACUGAACAUGAUCCUUGUUCAGAUCCUGAAACAGGAAUGGCCUAAGCACUGGCCCACAUUCAUCAGCGACAUUGUAGGAGCCAGUAAAACCAGCGAGAGUCUCUGCCAGAACAACAUGGUCAUUUUGAAACUUUUAAGUGAAGAAGUUUUUGACUUUUCCAGUGGACAAAUCACACAAGUAAAAGCCAAACAUUUAAAAGACAGUAUGUGUAAUGAAUUUUCAAAGAUAUUUCAACUUUGCCAGUUUGUAAUGGAAAACUCGCAAAAUGCGCCACUUGUUCAUGCAACUUUGGAAACGCUUCUAAGAUUUCUUAACUGGAUACCACUGGGAUACAUAUUUGAAACCAAACUGAUCAGCACACUAAUAUAUAAGUUUUUAAAUGUUCCAAUGUUCAGAAACGUGUCUUUAAAGUGUCUCACUGAAAUAGCUGGCGUCAGUGUAAGCCAAUAUGAAGAGCAGUUUGUAACCCUUUUUACACUGACAAUGAUGCAGUUAAAGCAGAUGCUGCCUUUAAACACAAAUAUUCGUCUUGCGUAUUCUAAUGGAAAAGACGAUGAGCAGAAUUUCAUCCAGAACCUCAGCUUGUUCCUUUGUACGUUCCUCAAAGAACAUGGACAACUCAUAGAAAAGCGUCUCAACUUAAGAGAAACUCUGAUGGAGGCUCUGCACUACAUGCUGCUGGUGUCUGAGGUAGAAGAAACUGAAAUCUUCAAAAUUUGCCUCGAGUAUUGGAACCAUCUAGCAGCAGAGUUGUAUAGAGAGAGUCCAUUCUCCACAUCGACAUCACCACUCCUUUCUGGCAGUCAGCAUUUUGAUGUUCCCCCUAGAAGACAGCUGUACUUACCAGUUUUGUCAAAGGUGCGUUUGUUGAUGGUCAGUCGAAUGGCUAAACCAGAGGAAGUUCUAGUUGUGGAGAAUGAUCAGGGUGAAGUGGUUCGAGAAUUUAUGAAGGACACGGAUUCUAUUAAUCUGUAUAAGAACAUGAGGGAAACGCUGGUAUACCUUACUCAUCUGGAUUAUGCAGACACAGAAAGAAUUAUGACAGAGAAGCUUCACAACCAAGUUAAUGGGACAGAAUGGUCAUGGAAAAAUCUGAACACCUUGUGUUGGGCUAUCGGAUCUAUUAGCGGAGCCAUGCACGAAGAGGAUGAAAAGAGGUUUCUGGUUACAGUUAUCAAGGAUCUGCUUGGUCUGUGUGAGCAGAAGCGUGGAAAGGACAAUAAAGCCAUUAUUGCAUCCAACAUUAUGUACAUCGUGGGCCAGUAUCCAAGGUUUCUGAGAGCCCAUUGGAAAUUCCUGAAGACCGUUGUCAACAAGCUGUUUGAAUUCAUGCAUGAGACCCACGAUGGAGUGCAGGACAUGGCAUGUGAUACCUUCAUUAAGAUUGCUCAAAAAUGUCGCAGGCAUUUUGUUCAAGUGCAAGUAGGAGAAGUGAUGCCUUUCAUCGAUGAAAUCUUAAACAAUAUCAAUACUAUUAUAUGUGAUCUCCAACCACAACAGGUGCACACAUUCUAUGAAGCAGUUGGGUAUAUGAUUGGAGCCCAGACAGAUCAACCUGUACAAGAACAUUUGAUAGAGAAAUAUAUGUUGCUUCCUAAUCAAGUUUGGGACAGUAUUAUUCAACAGGCCACUAAGAAUGUUGAUAUAUUGAAAGAUCCAGAAACGGUAAAACAACUUGGCAGCAUUUUAAAAACCAACGUGAGAGCGUGUAAAGCAGUUGGUCAUCCCUUUGUUAUUCAGCUUGGAAGAAUUUACUUGGAUAUGUUAAAUGUGUACAAGUGCCUAAGUGAAAAUAUUUCUGCAGCUAUUCAGGCAAACGGGGAAAUGGUCACAAAGCAACCUCUGAUUCGCAGUAUGAGAACAGUUAAAAAAGAAACAUUAAAAUUAAUUUCUGGUUGGGUGAGCAGGUCUAACGACCCCCAAAUGGUCGCAGAGAACUUUGUCCCUCCAUUGUUGGAUGCUGUUUUAAUUGAUUACCAGAGAAAUGUACCAGCCGCCAGAGAGCCAGAAGUACUUAGCACAAUGGCCACCAUUGUAAACAAGCUGGGAGGCCAUAUUACAGCUGAAAUACCUCAAAUAUUUGAUGCUGUUUUUGAAUGCACAUUAAACAUGAUAAACAAGGACUUUGAAGAAUAUCCCGACCACAGGACAAACUUUUUCUUGCUUCUCCAAGCUGUAAAUUCCCACUGCUUCCCUGCGUUCUUGGCCAUACCUCCUGCACAGUUUAAGUUGGUUUUGGACUCUAUAAUAUGGGCCUUUAAACAUACAAUGCGAAAUGUUGCAGACACAGGAUUACAGAUUCUUUACACAUUAUUACAGAACGUUGCGCAGGAGGAAGCCGCAGCACAGAGUUUUUAUCAAACCUACUUUUGCGACAUACUUCAGCACAUCUUUUCUGUAGUGACAGAUACUUCUCACACAGCUGGCUUAACAAUGCAUGCUUCAAUUCUGGCAUACAUGUUUAAUCUAGUAGAAGAAGGAAAGAUAAAUGCCUCACUGAAUCCUUCAAAUCCACCCAAUAACCAACCAUUUAUUCAGGAAUAUGUGGCUAAUCUUCUAAAAUCUGCAUUUCCUCACCUGCAAGAUGCUCAAGUUAAACUUUUUGUGACUGGCCUCUUCAGUUUAAACCAGGAUAUUCCUGCUUUUAAAGAACACCUUAGGGACUUUCUUGUACAGAUAAAGGAGUAUGCCGGAGAAGACACUUCAGACCUAUUCCUGGAAGAAAGAGAAACAGCCCUACGGCAAGCCCAGGAAGAAAAACACAAACUUCAGAUGUCCGUUCCAGGCAUACUUAAUCCACACGAGAUUCCUGAAGAAAUGUGUGAUUAGUUUUUAGAAGCCAAGUUAUGCCGUAACUUUCCCUCCUCCUGUUGAACAUCAAUUUUGUUCAGGAAAACAUCACUUUGAUUAUUGUUGACCAAAAUGAUGCCAAUUUGUAAAUUAUAACGUCACCUAGUGGCCCUUUUUUCUUAUUAUGCGUUUUUUGUAUAAGAAAUUUUCUGUGAAAUCUUCCAUUGUUUAAAGCUACGGUCAUCUUUAGGUUUGCAUGACAUUGAGAUUUAAGAUUAUUUUUUUCCUCUCCUUUUUUUUUUUUUUUUUUUUUUUUCCCCCCUUCUACCCAUUUUGUGGCAGCGGGGUCAAGGACAGUCACAUUUUAUUUAAAACGAUUUAUAGCUGCAAAAGCAUCUUCACCCCGAUAGAAAAUUCAUAUAUAUAUAUUUUUUUUAAUUAAGUGAGUGUUUUCAUUCUAGUUGAUAUUGCAGCAUAGAAGGAAUUUGAAUGACAAAGACAAUUACUUUUGCAAAAAAGUAUGGCACUGCUGCAUUCUCUGAGCAAUUACAGGUUUCUUGUGAGUUGAGGUAGGAGACUGCAUACGUACUUGCAGGUUUCAUAGACUUUUGCAGCAAGAUCAUGUGCAUAUCAUCCCAUUGUAAAGCAACGUAAAGUAUGGGAACACAGUACAGUUAUUUUUACACAUUUUUUUUCUUGUUUUUUUUUGUUUUGUGUGUGUGCUGUCGCUUUGUCGACAACAGCUUUUUGUUUUCCUCAAUGAGGAGUGUUGCUCAUUUGUGAGCCUUCAUUAACGAGAAGUGAAAUGGUUAAAAUAUUUAUCCUGUUAGAAUAGGCUUGCAUCUUUUUAACAACUCAUAAAACUGGCUUUUGAGAUGACUUGUACUAAUUUACAUUGUUUACCAUGCUGUAGUGCUUUAAGAACACUACUACUUAAAAAGCAAAAUAAACUUGGUUUACAUUUA